AGCUCAAGCUGUGGUGAGAUCAGCUCUCGGCCGCGACCACCAGCUUCACCAUGAGCUAUGAGACCGCUGACUCACAAAAGGAGGAGUUCCGCAAAUAUCUCGAGAAGAAUGGCAUAAUCUCGCAGCUCACCCGAGUGCUGGUGGGCUUGUACGAGGAACCUGAACGGCCCGGAAAUGCCAUCGACUACAUCAAAAAAUAUUUGGGAGCUCCAACCGGUGUUGAUGUUGAGGAGCUGCGGGCAGAUAAUGAUGAGCUGCGGCGACAGAAUGCGGAACUGGAAGCCAAGGUUGCGAGCCUCACACAGCAACUCAAAGAGCUUCAAACAGAGCAGGAAGAGCAGGAUGGAUGACAUAAUGUGUAUGCUCCUGCUUUUGCGGCUCUGUCAGCCAGACCAGGGCGAUGCAAAGUCUGAGCCUUUGAAAAGGCUGGUUCCUUGAAUGCCGCCAAGUGGCCAUGCCGCGGCUAAUACAUCAGCUCAGGCACUCGAAAGGCCCAAAGCGAUGGUUUCUGCUGGUGAACAUGUUAAGUGAUUUUUUACUUGUG